AUGCAUUACUCAGUGGAUUCCGCUCGAGUCCCGUUUAUCGUUCUCACUAUUCUGGCUGCCAUCCUCCUGGAAGGCAUCCUGAUGGUCGAUGGCGGCUUGUUCGCCAUGUUAAAGCCCGUCUGGACACAGACAUUAGCCGACGGAAAGUACCUGCACCAGUUAUACACGGGCCUGCCAAUCAUUGACCAGAUACUCGCAAUCUCGGUCUGCUUCUGGGAUCCUGUCGCGACCAAUCUCCCGAUUCUUCGGCUCCAGUCGAUCAUGCUUUGCGCCCCUCUGCAGACAUUCGCCGUUUGGGCGACAAUUGAGAGCAUGCGCAGGGGCGAAAAACAUACACUUCUUCGAGUGGUCCCGAUAUAUGUGUUCCUGUGGCAAUACUUGGGUACGGCCAUAUUUUUCCCCUUCUAUCUCUUCGUCGAGCUCUCGCAGCAUUUCGGCUCCAGCAACCGCACCGACCCCAGCAUUUCCUACUACGAUGCAAAGGCUCUUCUACCGGCGACAUUGCUAGCCAUGGUGCUUCCGUAUCGCAAUGUGUACUUUCCUCCAAGUGGCACUACGGAGGCGCAGCUCCACAUGUUCAUCGCAUUCUACCAACUUGGACCAUUCGCCACCUACAUCCUGACUGCUGGAAUUGCUAAAUAUAUCUCAUCCGGCAAGGAAGAAGAAUCCCGGCUUCCGUCCAACUCGGAUGCUCCCUGGAUUAAAGCAAUAUAUGCGGUGUAUGGAAUAUUCUCUGUGCUGGCUCAUAUUGGUGUGAUUCUGCGUGUGACUUUCUCAUCCGACCCAACAUUCUCACUGUCGAGGUUGUUCUUUCCGGCCUUUCAAAAUCUUUGGAACCCCGAGGCGGCAGCGCGGCGCUAUGUGGAGGAGCAUUUAUUCUUCCUCCAAUGGGAUUUCAUCCUCGUUGUACUCGGCUGCAGCAUCUAUGCUAGCCGUGUAGCGCAGGGUAUGUACAGCUCUAGAGAAAGUGGCUCUUCUACAUUCUUCGGUGUUGGGGGAAUUUUGAUCGCCAGUCUGGCUAGUAUGAUCUUCAGUCCCGGUGCCAUGAUUACAGCAGUUUUGUACGUACGGGAGGAUUUUAUUCGUGAAGAAUAUGCCACGAAACAGAGACGGGAGAAACAGACGGAAGUGCUCCAGGAUUCUCAGUAG